CUUUAAGGAAUGUCUGAAACUGCGCAGAGCAAAAGCGACCCUCGAGCCGGGGCAGACAGCGACACGGCAGUCCUGGGUAAUUCGAGAGCGGCGACACAAAAGACAAAACAUUUCACUGCAUUUCGUUUUAAUUCAAACCCGCAGAUCCAGAACUAAGGAUAUUAUCCGACGUUUAUCUGGUGGCGUGUGAUUUCAAGAACGCGAGUCACCCCACGAGGACAAAAAAUCAUUGAGAAAACGAGCAGGAGUUCCCCGAAGUUUCUCAGUAUUGAUCAUGGAGGAGAAGAAGGAGGAGAGCGAGGCGGAGAUCCAAGAGCACGGACCCGAGCACUGGUUCUCCAAAUGGGAGCGGCAGUGCCUCGCGGCGGAGGCCGAGAGGGAAGAGCCUAGCGAGGAGGAGGAGGACCAGAACCAGGAGAAACUCUGGCACCUCUUCCAGAAUUCGGCUACGGCGGUGGCCCAACUUUAUAAAGAUCGAGUCUGUCAUCAGCAAGGACUGUCGUUGUGGUCGCAGUUUCAGAACGCUGCAACAGCAGUGACUAAUCUUUACAAAGAGAGCGUUGAUGCACACAAGAGGAGCUUUGACUUGGGAAUCCAGAUUGGUCAUCAGCGACGUCAUAAAGAUGUUUUGGCCUGGGUAAAAAAGCGAAGGAGAACUAUACGAAGGGAGGAUUUGAUAAGUUUCCUCUGUGGAAAAGCGCCACCACCAAGGACUUCUAAAACAGCUCCCAAACUGACUGUCAUGUCUCCUAACCGACCACCUUCAUCAGACUCUGUGUCAUCUGUAGAGACUGAUUUACAGCCCUUCUGUGAGGCCAUAGCACUACACGGUUUAAGUGGAGCGAUGGCCAGCGUCAGCGUCCGCUCCAGCACUCCUGGCUCUCCGACUCAUGUCAGCGGCAGCUCCAAUGCAGGGCGCAGGAGGAACGGACUUCACGAUGUGGACUUGAACACUUUCAUAUCGGAGGAGAUGGCCCUCCACCUUGGCAGCUCAGGCACCAGGAAGCGGACCUCGGUCCAGUGCUCCGAUGUCAUCACAGACUCCCCGACCCAUAAACGCAACAGAAUGCUCUGAACUCAGUUGUUGUUCUGUAUGCUUUGUGCUGCUUAAAAUAAAAGCCGCUUGAUCCUCAA